ACAACGCGUGAUACAAUUAACAAAGUCAAUGAACUAAUCAAAAUUCAAACCCAAAAAAGUAAAAAAGGAGAAACUUCUUGGCAUUUGUCAAGAAUUCACAGAGGAAAGUGCCAUUUAUUUGCACAAAUUUCUUUUUUCUUUAAAAAAAAAAAUGAACACAGCAACCAAUCCAUCCUUUCAGUUAUCCACGAACCAUGGCGUCCAGUUCAUCAGACAAGGAGAAUUUUUUGUGGGGUAUUCUUCAAUUGGCUGUACCCAGUUGUCACCCUGUUAAUUUUGUUGUAACAUCUUACAUACUAGCUCAAACUUGGUAGACUAAGCUUGGUUCUUGUCAAAAGAUUAGUGGUUUGAUUUGAUUACUGUUGUCUUUUGACUUUAAUUAAAGCAAUCAAUCAUGGUCAUAUUUGUAAUCUUGAUUCUUGAUUGUAGUAUAUUUUAACCAGGUUUUCUUUUUUUCUUUUUUUUUUUAAUAUCAUAAUUAUAAUAAUCAAAGUUCUGUAGUAAUAAUGAUAUUAUAUAUAAAUUUGUGAGCUGGAUCUUUCAACUCUGACCAUGAAAUUAUACUCUUCUUACUUCUUUAUUAGUAGCUCACAGAAAGCAUAUGAAAACUGGUUAUCUUUCUUUCUUUCUUUCUCUCUUUCUGUCUAUCUGUAUUUCUCUUACAUUUUUUAUAACCCUUUGAUUUGAAAUCUCAUUUUAUCAAUCAAAAUUCCUGGAUUCUGUUUCCAUUCUUGUCUCAAGGAUCCAGUGUUUGUUCAGUUUAAAUACUUUGUGUUUCUUGAUAUCUUCUUGCCAUUUCUCUCUAUCCAAAAAUGGGGUGUAAAUCUCAAUACUGAUUUCCCACAUCAAAGUACUGAUUCUAUUGCUAAAUCUUGAUCUGGGUAUUGAGUAUUUCCCUGUUUGCUCUGUUUUUCCAGUGGAAUUAUAUAUAUCGAGUUUAAGCCGAAAGAAAAAAUGGCUCCAAACUCAGUUGUAGUAACCAUGGAGAAGCCAAACAACUUUUCUAUUGUAGAAAUCAAUGCCUCAGAUCCACCUUUGUUUCCUGAGAAACAAAAAGCUACAAGUCCCAAGCAAUUCACAUGGGUUCUUCUCCUCAAAGCUUAUAAAGUUUUCACUUGCAUUUCUUGGUUAGCAGUAGCUUUUAAAUCCACGCUCACUUCAAUCAAGAAACGCAUUACUUUAUCUGAUGCGAGUGAGGAAGAGCCAAGAAGUAGAGGAAAGUUGUAUAGAUUUAUCAAAGCAUUUCUUAUUAUAUCAAUACUAGCUUUGGUCAUAGAAGUUAUUGCGCAUUUCAAGAAAUGGAACUUGAAUCUAAUAUCUCCAUGGGAGAUUCAAGGUCUAGUGCAAUGGUCUUAUAUGGCUUGGUUAUCAUUUAGAGCUGAUUAUGUUGCUCCUUUGGUGAUGACACUAUCUAAAUUCUGUACUGUGCUAUUCCUUAUUCAAUCUCUCGACCGAUUGGUUCUGUGUCUUGGAUGCUUUUGGAUUAAGUACAAGAAGUUGAAGCCUGAGAUAACUGGUGAGGAGUAUGACAUUGAAGACCCUUCAAGUUUUCCAAUGGUUCUUGUUCAGAUUCCAAUGUGCAAUGAGAGAGAGGUGUAUGCACAGUCCAUUGCUGCAGCCUGUCAGCUUGAUUGGCCAAGAGAUAGAUUGUUAAUUCAAGUACUGGAUGAUUCAAGCGAUGGAAAUGUGCAGCUCUUAAUUAAAGAUGAAGUUUCUACAUGGAGGCAGAAAGGGAUCAACAUAAUCUACAGACACAGAUUAAUGAGAACAGGAUAUAAAGCCGGAAAUCUUAAAUCAGCUAUGUCCUGUGACUAUGUACAAGACUAUGAGUUCGUCGCCAUUUUUGACGCAGAUUUCCAGCCUAAUCCUGAUUUCCUUAAGCAAACAAUUCCUCACUUCAGGGGAAAUCCUGACUUAGGACUAGUUCAGGCACGAUGGUCGUUUGUGAACAAGGAUGAGAACUUACUGACGAGGCUACAAAAUGUCAAUCUCUGCUUCCAUUUUGAGGUAGAACAGCAAGUGAAUGGUUUUUACCUUAAUUUCUUUGGGUUCAAUGGAACAGCUGGUGUGUGGAGAAUUAAGGCUUUAGAAGAUUCAGGAGGUUGGCUUGAAAGAACAACAGUUGAGGAUAUGGACAUUGCGGUUCGAGCCCAUUUACAUGGAUGGAAAUUCAUCUUCCUUAAUGAUGUAAAAGUCCUCUGUGAAUUGCCAGAAUCUUAUGAAGCUUAUAAGAAGCAACAGCAUCGUUGGCAUUCCGGUCCGAUGCAGCUCUUCCGGUUAUGCCUUUCUGCUAUUAUUACCUCCAAGAUAUCCAUAUGGAAGAAGGCCAAUUUAAUAUUUCUUUUCUUUCUUUUGAGGAAACUUAUACUUCCCUUUUACUCAUUCACACUGUUCUGUAUCAUACUUCCAUUGACCAUGUUUAUACCCGAGGCAGAACUACCUCUUUGGGUUAUUUGUUACGUGCCUAUUUUCAUGUCCCUAUUGAACAUUCUGCCUGCUCCAAAAUCCUUCCCUUUCUUGGUCCCUUACCUACUCUUCGAAAACACUAUGUCUGUCACAAAAUUCAAUGCCAUGGUAUCAGGACUAUUUCAGCUUGGAAGCGCUUAUGAAUGGGUAGUGACAAAGAAGACAGGAAGAUCAUCAGAGUCGGAUUUAUUAGCUUUUGCUGAGAGGGAAUCGAAAUCUUCGAACGAAGAGAAGAUUCUUAGGAGGCGUUCAGAGUCUGGCUUGGAAAUGUUGGGUAAACUCAAAGAACAAGAAGUACCUCUUGUUAAAAAGAGAAACAGGCUCUACAGGAAAGAACUUGCACUUGCUUUUCUUCUACUCACUGCAGCAGCAAGGAGCUUGUUAUCUGCUCAUGGAGUUCACUUCUACUUCUUGCUGUUCCAAGGUUUGUCUUUUCUAGUUGUUGGUUUGGACUUGAUCGGUGAGCAAGUAAGCUGAGAGACAGCAUAUUAGUUUCCGAUUUUAAGCUAUAAGUUCUUUUUUCUUUUUUUUGGUGUUUAUAAAGAAUCUGAAAGACUUAAAAAUCCAGAUUUCUGGCAAACAACUUUUGCUAGGCCAGAACUGGUUUACAUCACAGAGAUAGGAAAAGUUGAUAAGGAUGCUACUAUGAAUUACUAGGGAAUCGGAUAAAAAUGUUGAAUGAAGUUGAGUUUGUACAAUAUUUAUGUAUGAAUAAUUUUACCAGAGGAGCCAAUAUAAAAAAAUGAGAUUAUGUUCUAUA